CGGGUCAAAUUGACCCAGGAACAUCACCUCUGUUCCUCACAAAUGAACAUAACAGGAGGGUAAACACCGCUCCUCACUGCUUGUAGAAAAUCCCUUUAUUCAGAUAUCAAAUAUGAUAAAUAUCUUUGUAUAUUUAGCAGAAAGACCAUCGUCUCAGAUUUGACCUUUCCAGAUGUUCAUUUUACAAAUUGUUUCUUAGUAGGAUUUGUUGUGAUCAGCGGACAGCAUUUCAUUUUUGAACUGUUUGAAUUUGAACAAAAUAGUCUUCAGGUUGUAGUCCACUAACUGGAGGUUUUGGGGAAAUAUUCUGAACCAACUAAAGUUUAUCAUGAAAUCUCCCAGAAGCAGGUCGUCUGGGGUUCAUUCGGCCUCCGGCUUUGGUAGACUGAACUACAACUCCCACUUCCUCCUGCAUGCGAUCUGACGGCGGGAAGCUUGACAAAACACGCACACGCAUUCGUGUCAUUUCCUUCAAAUUAAAAGUUCUGUUGAUCUGUAGGGGGCGCUGUUGGCUGCUGUUGUCCCGGUGCGGGGUUCGCGUGUGUAAGUGUGUUUUAGUGUGUGUUAGUUUAUACAAUCUGCAAAAAUGUUCAGCUAAAAAACACAUUUAUAUUACCAGGAAUCACAAUUAUUCCAGACGAAUCAUAACUGAAACGAGCUUCAGACCAGACAAACCAACAACAGGAACAUUUAAAGAAAUGUUAGAAGAAAAAAAAGUCAGAUCAGCUGUUUGGUCUGUGCUCCUUUUGUUGAUCCCAGCCUGCAGAAAAAACCCGUGAAUAACAAAAAUCAGACUGAUCUGAAUGUUAACAUGACCAAAUAAUGGCAAAUAAUGGCACUGUAAACAAAUCUAAACAGCACCAAUCUGAGCAGAAGCAGCAGAUCUCUGGCUGGAAUCCAAAGAUGGGAUCUCCUGCAGGCCUCAGCCUCUGUCCGUCCAGCCCUGAUGAAGAGGAUGCUCAGGAGUCCAUAGUCUUCCUCUCCAUCGCUGCUUCACAAACGUCCAGCCUGUAGCUGGCAGCAGAUCCUUCCUGAUCAGCUAAACGCUAUUUGAGCUUCUGAACUGUUGGUUGUCAUCCGUUUGGAUGAGAAGACCCCGUUUUGACCCUGCAAAGGUAACACUGGACUAUUCCUUCUCUCUACCGUGGCUCUGAGCUCAGGUGACUUUAUUUUGAAGGGCCAAAGCGGAAGCUGCCAUCCCUGUUCCGCUCCUCCGCCGCGCCCACAUCCAGCUCCCGCUCCGCACUGCAGCCCCGCAGGACGCGGUGUUCGCCUCUCCGCCGCGCUUCUGCGGCCUCAGCAGCCCGGGGAAGCCCGCCCUGUCCUGCCCUUCACCCGCCGGCCCCGGGAGGACGUCCCCGCAUCCUUCCUGCGGGGUUCUGCGGAUGCGCCUGCGCGCUGGAGCCUCCGUCUGCAGAGCAUCAUCCGCCCGGUACCAUGAGCAGCACCGUUUUUCAGCAGCAGGCCGUCCACGGCCUUCCAGAGCAGCAGAAGCAGAAGCUGAAGCAGGGAGGAGGAGGAGGAGGAGGACCCAUCCCCUGUCAGAACUGCAGGAAGCCCUGCAAAGGGGAGGCUCUGCGCGUCCAGAACAAGCACUUCCACAUAAAGUGUUUUGUCUGCAAAGUGUGCGGCGGCGAGCUGGCUCAGGGGGGCUUCUUUGUGCGGCAGGGUGAAUACAUCUGCACUCUGGACUACCAGCGGCUGUACGGGACCCGCUGCUUCGGCUGCCAAGACUUCAUCGAGGGCGAGGUGGUGUCGGCGCUCGGGAAGACCUACCACCCCCGCUGCUUCGUCUGCUCCUCCUGCAGACAACCGUUUCCAGCUGGAGACCGAGUGACCUUCAAUGGAAAGGAGUGUAUCUGUCAGAAGUGUACCCAGCCUCUGCCUGCAAACAGCCCCGCCCCGAUCCAGGCCGUCCACAACUGCUGCGGCUGCGGGAAGGAGUUCAAGAACGAACAGUCUCUGGUCGCUCUGGACAAGCACUGGCAUCUGGGUUGUUUCAAGUGUAAGCUGUGCAACAAGGUGCUGAACGCCGAGUACAUCAGCAAAGAUGGGAUCCCCUACUGUGAGACAGACUACCACGCUAUGUUUGGCAUCAAGUGUGAGAGCUGUCAGAAGUACAUCACUGGCAAAGUCUUGGAGGCUGGAGAAAAGCAUUACCACCCCGCAUGUGCUCGCUGUGCACGGUGUGAGCAGAUGUUUGCAGAGGGGGAAGAAAUGUAUCUGCAAGGGUCCUCUAUCUGGCAUCCUCCAUGCAGACAAGCAGCCAAACAGGAGGAGAAGAGUAAGAAGCAGGUCCGGAUUCAGCUCACGGAUGUCCCUGAGCAUCAGAUGGCAAGAACGUCUUCAGAGAGCAUCCCUUCAGCGCCAGCAUCCAGCGCAUCAGGCUCUCCCAGCAAAGUCAUCUAUGCCAAACUAGGAGAGGAGUUGCUGGAUUACAAGGACUUGGCGGCUCUUCCAAAGACCAAGGCCAUCUACAACAUAGACAGGCCUGACAUGCUGUCCUACUCGCCGUACGUCAGCUACCCCUCUGAAGAAAGGCGCUACGGAGAGGGGGAUGGGGAAAAGUCCCCCCGUCAGCGGAGACCCUCCAGCCCCGGCUCCAACAGCUCCCUGGGGGGCUACGGGCGAAGCACCCCCCCUCGCUCACCUCAGAUUUACAGCCGUGCAGGCCCAGAGGUAUACCACACCCACAGCUACAGUCCCCCCCCCCCGGCCUUCAGGCCUGGAAGCAGACUGCCUCCCAGCGGGGCGAAGGAAGCCGUGCUCCUCUCUGCUCACAGAGCUGCAGGAAGUGAUGGCGGCUGUGUUGGCUCAUGCUCACCCACGCCACUAGGUGGCAGUACUGGCCUGUCUUCACAGUUAAACCCCACCACUCUGGCCCUGCUGCAGCAGCACAACUACAUCCCCUACUUCAGAGGGCUCACACAGGACCCCCUACCUGACCCUAAACCUAGGACAUCCCUACAUCUCAGUUUACCUCCUCCCAAUGGAAGUGAAAGUGGUCGGAGUACUCCCAGUCUGUCCACGUACUCGGAUGGAAAAUCUCCUUCAUCAGCUUCCACAUACGUGGCUGCUCCUCGCCAUUUUCACAUACCAGAAACAAUGGUCAAAGAUAAUAUCUAUAGAAAACCCCCCAUCUACAAACAGCAUGCUUCUAGAACAUCCUGGCAGGACGGUGAGGAUGGCAAGAGGACAAGCUGGAUGAUCUUGAAGGGUGAGACUGAUGGUUCCACGGGUCAUGAGGACCCUGACCCGUGCAAAUCCACCUGCAGUCUCCCCAGUGACAUACCCCAGCCCAACUUUUCCCACAAUAAGUCCGCAUCUUUACCGGGUUAUGGAAGGAACGGCAUCUACAAGGCUGCUGAUAUGGUGGAAGAUAACCUGGACUCCCAGAGCUGGGGAGGAAUGAGAGAAUAUAAGGUCUACCCCUAUGAAGUGCUGGCGGUGACACACAGGGUGAAGGUCAAGCUUCCCAGAGACGUAGACCGCACCCGCCUGGAGAGACACCUGUCGCCUGAGGACUUCCUGCAGGUGUUCGGCAUGACGCUGGAGCAGUUCGACCGUCUGGCUCUGUGGAAGAAGAACGACCUGAAGAAGGCGGCGCGCCUCUUCUAGACGGAAACGCCUCCAGAACCCUGCAAAUGUGCUGCCCGGACCCCUCCACCCCCCAGCUGUGAGCCCACAGGCUCCGGUCUCAGGGGCUGCUCAUGCCUGGGGGGGCAGCACCUGCAGCUUUUUAUUUGCAGUGUGGUUUGAAUGUAUGACCGACAGCCUCGCAGAGGGGGGGAGCUGCGUUUGCAUGGCCCGUUUAAGCUCCUCCCACAGGUAUCUGCAUCCGCCCCCACCUUGGAGAACCGGAUCUUUGUCCUGUUCUUCACCCGCCUGCCGGAUUCGUUUUCACAAGAAGCCGUGUCCGGACGCAUCCGCAGCUUUUACUCACCUGGGGGGGCUGAGGCCAAAGCCUGCAGCAGCCCCUCCCAUGUCGAUGCGUCCUUCUGGAACAGAGAGAGAGGAAGGCGACUCCAUCCCAGCCAGACCAACAAGACGGGUAGAGGAGAACCGCCGGCGGCGUGGCUCCAGAGUCUGAACAGGUGGAUGACCUGCAGGUGAGGCAUCACCUGUUCCAGAGGUUUCAUCCAACCGCCACAAAUGCAAACGCUUCGCCGUUCGUCUUUAAGGAUUCUCAUUUUGUUCUGGACUGUUUUCCACUUCCUGUUGUCCUUUCAGGACCACACGCGAUGUCAGAGCGGUUCUAAAACCACGAACAGGACAGUUUGGGUCUUACGGACUAACGCCGUGUUCUGUAUGUACGUUAACAUGUCCGUCCCAUGUUCCCGUUUGGAUCCAGGCCGUGCUUCAUGACUCUGCCAUGCAUGACGUAGUGGUGCUGACCUCAUGUCAGACUCUUUGAAAGCACCAUCCUUACUCGAGUAUCUUUGGCUUGUGUUUGGCGUUUCUGAGGAGCGGUGAGGGGUUGGGACAGAGUGCAUCAUGGGGGCUCAGAAGAAAUGUAACGCACUAACUGUUUAUGUUUCUAACACGUCUGCUCAUCUGAUAUUAAAGAGCUUUGUGCAAACGUC